AUGAGGCGCCCAGUAAUUCAAUUAUGCAAUAAGCUGUCAAAAAAUCAUUCCAAAUCGGGGUUUGAAUCAAGUUUUGUUUGUAUACUAACAGUCCUAGUGACCAAAUGCACGUUCAUCGAAGGAUCAUUUGAAGGCUCUUACUAUAUACCACCAGGAACUUAUCAGCGGAACAACGCCGACGGAUGUCCACCUGGCACAAUUUACUGUUUUCAAACUGAACGAUGUGUAAACCUUGAUGGAUCGUGCGUAGCGGCACCAACAUGUGAUGCAGGGGAGCUAUUCUGCAUUGAAACCGGGCAGUGCGUGAGGCCAGACGGAAGAUGUAUUGAUGAUGAUCCAAAAGAAUGUUCUGAUCCAAACAAAUGUGAUGAAGAACGACAUGAAUGUGGACCCAACCAUUUGUAUUGUUUUGAAACACAAGAGUGUGUAACUGUGGACGGACAUUGCAUUGAUAAUCCAGGGAAAUGUUCCCAUGGAGAAGAUUGUCAUGAAGAACGACUAGAAUGUGGACCCAACGAACUAUUCUGCAUUGAAACCGGAAAGUGCGUUAGGCCAGAUGGAAGAUGUAUUGAUGAUGAUCCAAAAGAAUGUUCCUAUCCCGAAACAUGUGAUGAAGAUCGACAUGAAUGUGGACCCAACCAAUUAUAUUGUUUUGAAGCACAGGAGUGUGUAACUGUGGACGGACAUUGCACUGAUAAUCCAGGGAAAUGUUCCCACGGAGAACAUUGUCAUGAAGAACGACGCGAAUGUGGAUCCAACGAGCUAUUCUGCAUUGAAACCGGAAAGUGCGUGAGACCAGAUGGAAGAUGUAUUGAUGAUGAUCCAAACGAAUGUUCCUAUCCAGAAAAAUGUAAUGAAGAUCGACAUGAAUGUGGACCCAACCAAUUAUAUUGUUUUGAAACACAAGAGUGUGUAACUGUGGACGGAUAUUGCACUGAUAAUCCAGGGAAAUGUUCCCAUGGAGAAGAUUGUCAUGAAGAACGACGCGAAUGCGGACCCAACGAACUAUUCUGCAUUGAAACCGGGAAGUGCCUGAGGCCAGAUGGAAGAUGUAUUGAUGAUGAUCCAAACGAAUGUUCCCAUCCAGAAAAAUGUGAUGAAGAUCGACAUGAAUGUGGACCCAACCAAUUAUAUUGUUUUGAAACACAAGAGUGUGUAACUGUGGACGGACAUUGCAUUGAUAAUCCAGGGAAAUGUUCCCAUGGAGGAGAUUGUCAUGAAGAACGACGCGAAUGUGGACCCAACGAACUAUUCUGCAUUGAAACCGGGAAGUGCGUGAGGCCAGAUGGAAGAUGUAUUGAUGAUGAUCCAAACGAAUGUUCCCAUCCAGAAAAAUGUGAUGAAGAUCGACAUGAAUGUGGACCCAACCAAUUAUAUUGUUUUGAAACACAAGAGUGUGUAACUGUGGACGGACAUUGCAUUGAUAAUCCAGGGAAAUGUUCCCAUGGAGAAGAUUGUCAUGAAGAACGACGCGAAUGUGGACCCAACGAACUAUUCUGCAUUGAAACCGGGAAGUGCGUGAGGCCAGAUGGAAGAUGUAUUGAUGAUGGUCCAAAAGAAUGUUCCUAUCCAGAAAAAUGUGAUGAAGAUCGACAUGAAUGUGGACACAACCAAUUAUAUUGUUUUGAAACACAAGAGUGUGUAACUGUGGACGGAUAUUGCAUUGAUAAUCCAGGGAAAUGUUCCCAUGGAGAAGAUUGUCAUGAAGAACGACGCGAAUGUGGACCCAACGAACUAUUCUGCAUUGAAACUGGGAAGUGCGUGAGAUCAGAUGGAAGAUGUAUUGAUGAUGAUCCAAAAGAAUGUUCCUAUCCUAAGAAAUGUGAUGAAGAUCGUCAGGAAUGUGGACCCAACCAAUUAUAUUGUUUUGAAACACAAGAGUGUGUAACUGUGGACGGACAUUGCAUUGAUAAUCCAGGGAAAUGUUCCCAUGGAGAAAAUUGUCAUGAAGAACGACGCGAAUGCGGACCCAACGAGCUAUUCUGCAUUGAAACAGGGAAGUGCGUGAGGCCAGAUGGAAUAUGUAUCGAUGAUGAUCCAAAAGAAUGUUCCAAUCCCAAAAAAUGUGAGGAAGAACGGCAUGAAUGCGGACCCGACCAACUAUUCUGCAUUGAAACCGGGCAGUGCGUGAGACCAGAUGGAAGAUGUACUGAUGAUGAUACAGAAGAAUGUUCCAAUCCAAAAAAAUGUGAUGACGAUCGACAGGAAUGUGGACCCAACCAACUAUUCUGCAUUGAGACCGGCCAGUGUGUGAGGCAAGAUGGUGGCUGUACCAGUGGGAAAUGUUCUAAUCCAGAUGAGGACUUGUGCGAUGAUGGACAUGGAGGCUUUACGUGUAAACCCGUUGGAGAAUGCAAUGGUACAAGAACUGUUUUAACAGCUGAUGUAUCGUUGACACUAGAGGGCAAUUUCAGUGUAAUUGUUAGAAAUAGAAAGGAAGAAGCGAUACAAGAGUUACAGGCCAACUUACCUACCGAUACUGGUAUUGAUUCAGACAGGUUGAUAGUAACUGAUGUAUUGAGUGGUUCCAUCAUUGUAAUCUUUGAGGUUCGUUAUACCACGUUAGAAGAGUUUAAAAGAUAUGUCACCAUACUUGAAACAUUUGUAACCGAUAAAAAAGCUGUUACUAUCUUCGAGAUAUCUCUGCCUGUGAUCGCAUUUGACGUUGAUAAGGAAGACAGUGAUGACAAAGAUGAUAGAGAUGGUGAUGACUCAGACAUCUGCCCAGCUGGUCAGGAAAUUAGCAAGUACGAAUUGUUCAGUUCUCUCGUUUGCCCUGCAAAGAUAUGUGUGUUUAAUGUUAUGAUUUUAGCAAAUGCGGCCAAGGAUAAUGUAAUGAAACAGAUAUUUUGCCCUGAAAAGAACAUGUGUGUGUCGAAGGACUAUGACUUGGCAGCUUGCGAGCCAGAGAUUACUGAAUGCAAUGAAACACAGGAGUUUUGUCUUGACGAACAUGGAUAUGGAACAUGCGUUCGUGAAGGGGAAUGCAAGAUAAAGUCCAUAAAAUUACGAAUGUUGACCGAUGCUGAUUAUGGUCAGGUUAUAAAGAAUGAGGCAGCUGUAGUUGCUGAUCUUGAACUACAGAUUGCGGAAAUUCUAGUGAUCGAUAAGGACACUAUCAAAGAAGUUACACUCUUCCAAGGAUCGCUUGGAGUAUUAGUCAUACUAUAUUCCAGAGACCCCGCUGAUCUUGCAUCUAUAAUUGAUACAUUUGAGCAAAAUGUCAUGCAGUCCCAAGUGAAGCUUCUGAUACUCGGACAGAGUUAUACAGUUAGACCAGAUUCCUUCAAAGUUACGGUUGACUUAGUUGUGCUCGUGCCAGAGUGUAGUACAACAGGCACGUGCAUCGAAUGCAGUGACCAGGAGACUCAAACUCAGUGUUACAAUCUUGGUACGGAGUUAGGUGUAUGUGUCCCGAAACGGGUCUGCCGUUUGGAAUCUGCAUGUCCAGUACCAGAGACUGACUCUGUGUCAACUUGUGUUUUUGAAUGUGAUCCUACAAAAGACAAGAAAAAUUCAGAUGGAAAACUGUGUUGCCCUAUUGCCUGUGGUGGUGGUGUUUACGUGGAUCCGCUUGAGUAUUAUGUAUGUCCAAAGGAUGAGGACACAGGAGUUUGUUUAACAGACGCCGAAACACAAUGUGAAUCUGGAAUGGACUGGUGCCCAUUUUCCUUUACUUGCACAACGACAGAACAAUGUGAAAAGCUUGCCUUGCAACAUAAUGUGGACGAAAUCACACAAUCUGAUCUGUUCAUGAUUCGUUUCCCUAUGAUGGCUGACAACGGCAAAGGCUUCAACACUAUUUUCAAACCAACGGUAUCAGGAUCCAGUCUGAAAGAAAAAGUGUCCAAGUUUGCAGAUGUUAUGAAACAAAAGCUGCAAGAAACAUUAAGUAGUGUCACUGUAGAAAGUGUUGGAGCUUAUCCCGAAGGAACUGAAACCGCCACAUUUACCAUCUAUGCAAGGAUCUCUGUUGAAUCCGAAUCUGUCACUGCUGACGACAUCUAUGAGAAGAUCAAAACUUUCGACAUACCAUCGCAACCUUCUAUUGGCCUUGUUCGUGCGCCAGGAGAUCCUCCCUCAGUUACCGCGAUGUUAGGUAAUGCAAAUAAACAGAUAUUUAUCGUACCGGAACCUAUUGCUGCCAACAUAGACUCGGAAUUCGACCUGUUUUCAAUAAUACCAGAUACAUUCUUCACCUCUACACCCGUGAAUGCUAUACUGGACUGUAGUGAGAAGCAGGGCGUUCAAGUUGUAGCAGGUGAUGGUGUUGGUGCUGCGAUUGACAUAACAAGUGCACAAAAAUUCGGCAUAAGACAUACACUGACAGACGUGGCGCUUGUAAAGUGCCAAUUAACAUCUGACAAGUUUAAAAAUAUUCCAGAGGGCGCCGCUGUGUUUAUUGGAUUCGUUGCUGUACCAAAGCCAGUAGGUAAACUUAGCACUGUAACUGAUCUAGAUCUUACUGUGGAUCACAUUGAGACAGUAGAAGACUCGGGUUGUAUAGCACUUCCUGAAAAUCUCUUCACUUUAAAAGUUGAAGGCGAUGAUCUUUAUGAGAUGUUGUACAACUGGCCGGCAAAGAUGACUGGAUUGGGUGAAGUUUGGAGAGGUGAUGUUAUCAAUGGAAUACAAUCGCUGCUCCUUAAUUACCACAUGUUAAGAGAAAGAGUCAUAAAUAACAUUCGUGCAACUGUUGCAACUACUACUGACACCAGUGAUAACUUCCGUGUGGCGAAAUUGAUAUAUAAAGAUGAACCUCUGAAAGAAACUGCCGCCAUAGACAUACUGUCUUCAAUAAAUGAUCUCAAGAUUUGCAUUAAAGAAGAUUACAGCGGGACGUUUCAUCUGGAGGUUCGUAGUACAACAACAGAAGGCAGAAAAGUGCAGGUUCCAAUUAAGGUCAAACCGACCAACGAUGCACCUGAAUUGAUUAGGAGAAAUCUUCGAGACUUUUCAUACCCCGCUGUACCGCCGUCGACAAGUACUGAAGACAUCGUUAUUCCCGAGUUUAGAGUUGGAAUGUUAACAUCUGUGCUUGCAGUAGACACGGAUUCUUCUGAAGAGCUUGGAAUCGCUCUUAUUGGAGCUGCAGUAGCACGCACUAAAACAGCAGUUGUCGGUGAUUGGACAAUUUCUCAAGAUGGCGGCACCACGUGGGAGGACGUUACGAGCAUAGAGACAGAAUCGUCUGAGGAGAUAACUCACACCUUGACACAUCUUGAUCCAAACGCUUUAUUGCGAUUUAUACCUUCAGAAAAUGACAAAAUGAGAACUUGGACAAAACAGGAGGCUCCCAUGGUUGCAUUUUUGAUUUGGGAUCUUUCCAAUAGAAAUGAUAUAACGACAUCCCAGUCAGGUCUUCUUACAGAUCUCAUGACAUUUAAAAGAUGUUAUAGUCUAGAAAGCGGGAUGAGCCAAUAUUGCAAUGCAGAUACCAACACUGCGUACACUAGAAAUUUGGUUGUUUUACAACUUCCACGUGAGGGUUGCGAUGGGGUACCAGACUCUGGAAAAGUCCAGCUUCGUUGUGGUUGUGGUGAUGACAGUACAUGCUUGGAUUGUAACAAUAUUGCUCAUGGAGAUGCAAAGCGUGAUGCGUGUAAUGUGUGUGGAGGCACUAACGAAGAAUUCGACUGUAACGUGAAUGAAUGUAAAGAUUUAAAACCACAUUAUUGUGAACAGAAAGAAAAGAACCGUGAAACAGUAAAUCUUAUAUGUGAUGAAGGAGAGAAACUACGAUGGGAUCUACGGAAAACCUGUGAGGAUGUAUGCAUUCCCAUUGGAGAAAAUGUUACAGACCGAUGUGGAGUUCCAUGCGGCAAAAAUGAAUGCAUUGACUGUGGCGGUGAGAUCGGAAAAAACGAGAUUAACACUUGUGGAUAUUGCCGACCGAUUGCCACCUCCUCCAGUGAUGUAUGUGAAAGUAAAACUAUCGGAAUAAGAAACAUUCAGCCGCCUCUAUCAAAUGCAAGGACAGAUAUGAACGUUACAGUUAGUGUUGUAGGACUGGCCCAGAGCGGAGCGGAGAUAGAAGAGUGUCAACUUGAACCGAAGAAUCCAGAAGGAAUUCAGGCUCCUUCUGUUGUACUCGCGUACUUUAAUCCUGGAAAUGAUGCAGCAGCGCCCACGAUUGUGUUGACAAUACAAGCGUCUGAGGAAGAUUCUCCCCCUACCGGGGAGUUUGCUGUACGUUGCAAAAUUAACGGGAAUUCAGUUUCCACGGCAGACGAUACCCAGGCGGAUGGUCACAAGUUCUUGUUGCGUUACGAUAACCCGAAACUUCUGUCAGUGACCCCUGCGACUAGCCGGAUAACUGAUUUAACCGAUAUCUCAAUAACUGGAAGCGGCUUUCUUGAUACUGGCGUUAUCAUGUGUUUGGUGCCGUGCUCUGAUAUUUCUGACAUUGAGAACUUGUGUGACUUCAAAGAAGUUGAAGGAAAACGCAUCAGUGACACUGAAGUUACUUGCCCAGCAAACCGGCAAAUUGUUAGGAAAAGAGGACACACCAUCAGUAUCUUUGUUAUUCUAGAACCAAUGAGUGACAUUGAUCUUACUAGGCUGCCGCAGUCAAACAGUGUGACGUUGACAGUGUAUAUGCCGGCACCAACUGUAGUUUCUGCAGUCUUAGACAGAAAUGGGUGCAAGAUGCUUACUGUGACAUUCGAUAUGAGAGUGAUAGGUGUUUCUGAUGAAGCGUGUUCUAAUUAUUUCGAACCAAAUGUGUUUGCUGAUACUGAAGCCAAAUGCAUGCUGAAUGCCGGGAGUAGAAAAAUGUUCAUUGAAUACAGUACACCUAUUGCGGAAGGAGAUGUACUGACGUUUAAACCAAAUGUCAUCCACAGUGCAGCUGAGCACAAUACAGAUGCUGGAAUUGUGCAAUAUGUGGACGGUUCCGUCACAGUGAUACCGGAUGAACAGGAAGAAAAGGGAAAACCUGUUGUAGUUAUUGACCCAAAGAUACCAGACAAAGUUGGCUGUUCUCCUGUGACCUUGCAACCUAUGAUAAGGAACAAAGGGUGUUGGGAUGUCCAAGUUUCAUGGGCAGUUACGACGGACGAUGGAGAUGAAACAGACGCCAGUGAACUACACAAUGCAAUUGAUCAACAUACCAGUUUUACAAUCAAAGAGAGUGAGUUUAAAGUUGGUGUUGUAUAUACGUUCAAUAUGUCUUGGACGACUGGAAAACACAGCGGAUCAGACAGUAAGAGGCUCACUAAAGACCCGGAUGAAUCUGCAACUGUUAAAAUUGUUGGUAUUAAAGAAGAGUACGAAUUUUCUGAAUCUAUCAAGUUAAACGCAAAAUUCAGCCGUUGUGAAAACGAUGUUACUAACGUUGCGAUUUCUUGGACACUUGCUCCUCUAGAGCUUUCGAUAGCCCAACAGUUUAGGACAGUUAUACAAGGAAAAAGCUUGACGCCUAAAACCACGUACCAGCUGUCGUAUAAAGUGACAUAUGGAAGUGACGAGAUUUCUGGCUCAGUGUCGUUUAAGAUACGAGCUGUUCCGAUUGAAGCGCGAAUAGCGUACAAAGAUGACAUAUCUGAGAGAAAAAUAUCGCACGAUGAAGACAAAAACAUAACGUUAUCAUGUGUUAAUAAUGUCCGUUCCUCUGAUGACGAUAAUAACUAUGAUUGUACGUGGACUUGCAAGACAAAUUUAUUUAGUAAGUUUGCAUACGAAAAGAAACCCUGCCCCGUGUACUCAGAAACUGAAGAAAGGUAUAUUCCGCUCGAACUAAAUGGAAAAUCAAUUACAUUACUUGCAUCGGAGAGGAUUCAACGACAAGAUCAAGAUCUUAGAGAAGAAUGGUGUGUAUCAAUGAGCCGAGGAGAACAAGAAUCUACAUCAUGCCGGACGAUCUCCUUUACAAAAAAUCCGAAGAAAAUAUUAAACCCCGAGAUACAAAGCGACUUAAACGAUAGACUGUAUAUAUCUGAAGCUGAUAAAAUAGUUGAAAUUUCCGCAAAGUGUCGAAAAGGAACACGUUAUAGUUGGGCUACUAAUGAUGAUGAAGAAGAAGAAGAAGAAGAAGAAGCUUUGGCACUUCAAUUGGAACAAUACCUUGAGAAGGGCCAUCUCGAAAGAAAUAUCGAGUACAGGGAAAAUCGUUAUGUAUUCUGUGGUAUAAAGCUAAACCUCGAAAACGCCGACCUGAUCCCAGGUCAAAACUAUCGUCUGAAACUUACUAUGUAUAACAUGCAAGAUGAUUAUUACUUGGCUUCUUAUCAAAAAUACAUUAUUGCAUACAUUCCUACGCCACAACCGGGAAUAGUUCAGGCAGUACACGAAGAAGAGCCGAUCAUAGCACUGACUACAAAGAUCAGGGUGAGCAUGUUUAACUGGUAUGAUGUUGAAACAUGUGAUAUCUACUAUAUCACCGCCGGAAAUCAAAACGGUAGGAGAACGAAACUGAACACGUUACCACUGGAUGACCCGGAUGAAGAGAUGAUAAUUUCACUACCGGAAGGAGAAUUCAGUAUCGGUGCGGAGUGCUGCAACAACGCUCGAAGAUGCGCAAGUGCCACAGCUGACGGCACCUUGACAGUUCAACCAACAAACUCGACAGGAUUUGUAACUGUCAUUGAAAGGGAUCUGACAAUGUUAACGCUGAUGGAUAGUGAUCAGAUUCUUUCCUACGUCGGAGCAAUAUUUGAUAUGAUGACGAGAGUGGUGUUAGGUGAAGCGGAAGCAGAGAGAACGGGAACCAUUAUUAAACAAGCUGUCAAAAAGGGCAUCAGAAGGGCACUUGAAAUGAGCAGCGAUAAAAGAUCAAAACUUGCGGCAAUGGAAAAAACGGUAGAGGUUAUAAAAUCACCAGACGAUUUGGAUGAAGAGUCAAAAGGUAAUCUGCAUGUAGAAGCAAGAGACGUGGCUAAGGAAGCAACGGGCAGUGCAGAUGAUUCUAAGAGGAAAAAGAGAUCAACAACCGUAUAUUCAAAACCAACUGGACUUACAGAAUCUGAGGCAAUCACUUUACUUAAAGUGUUCGAUUCUACAUUAAGUAAGGAAGGUUCAAUAAAAAAAGAAGACGCCACAAACUUUUCGGCAACAAUAGAUUAUGUCAUGUUAGGAAUGUGCCAGAACUUCACUGGUUCCACGCCCUGGGUUGCUCCAGCUGACCUUUCUUAUAUCAGAGUGCAGAGAACCAGUCUUGCAGGAUAUGCAUCAAUGCAGUCUGUUGUCAGCUGUGACACUUGCCAAGAGGUUGAAUAUCCGGCCAAGGUAAACUACGGAAGCUACUUGGAGACAUUUUUCAAUGAUACAUGGACAUGUACGCCCGUUUACCAUUGUACAGAUGUUUGUGUAGCCACAGCGCAGCUAAAUAUAGACAUUGUGACCUUGACAGCAAGUAAGGAGAUUGUAGCACCAACCAGGAAAAGCGACAUUAUCAUAUUGAAAAUGAUCAACCCAGAAACGUACGCUGUUGAACAAAUAAGCGGCCUUACUUCACCAAUCCAGGCUACAUUGACGCUGAAUGGAACGAUUGAUAUGGAAAAAUAUGAUUAUAAGUGUAUGAUGUGGGUGUCUGAAGACUGGUCAGAUCAACCAUGUAAUAUAUCAACACCCACUGUUGAUCCGACAUCAUCACAGUAUACAGCUGUAUGCUCCUGUGAUGCCUUAGGAAUUAUCAGUAUAUUCCAAGAAUUGAAACCGGAGGAGAUUGCAACAACUUCAACGUCGCCCUCACCAACAACCUCAACAUCAAUGCCGUCUAACACGAGUGAUGAUUCCACCACAUCAAAAACUGACACCAACCCCACGGAUACCAGUACAACUGCUCCAUCGAAGACAAUCCGUAGUAGCACGGAUUACGUUAAUGUGGAGUUCAAAUUCUCUGAUGAUUAUGCCAGCAGUGUAGGAUCUUCUUCGGAAACAGCAUUUAACACAAAGAUCAAACAAGACCUGGUUGCACGGACCGGAUAUAGCCCUAACAAUAUCAAGAAUCUGCAAACCAAAAGCGGUUCUAUCAUAGUAACAUUUGAGCUUCACGCCGCUGGGUCGGGCCAAACCCUUGGUCAGAUGUUAUAUAAGAUAGAGAACAUGAUAACGACUGGAUCUAUACCGUUCACUACUCCUAGCGGGACACCCCUGAACAUGCAGCCUGGUAGUUUUAGCUACGAAGAAAUUGAUGACGAUGACGAUGACGAUGGAGAUAACGAAUCGGAAUCAAGCAAUCUCCCUUUCAUUAUCGGAGGGGCACUCGGUGGACUGGUUAUCAUCUGUAUCACAGUAAUUGUCAUACUGCUCAUACUGAAGAACAAAAAGCAGAGAACCCAUCCAACCCGCCACGACACUGAUGAACCAGCGCCAAGAUACACCACACCGCCACCAACGUAUGCCAUUGCCCAACCACCACCUCCUUACACGUACACAGAUCCGCCGCCACAAGUGAACAAAUGGGUCGAGGAUGAACUGAAUGGCAAGAAAACUCCACCUGACCAGAAGCGUCCUCCCAGUAACGGAAGUAAUAGAAGUGGGACGUCCUUCGAGAAGAAUCUGACUAACAAAGCACGAGCAGAGCCUACUCCGGUUGGCGAGUAGGUGUGCAACAACAGCAACUUACAUUCGGUGCCUUGAUUAAUAGAAACGAAAAACUUGUGUAGAACUUUUAAUGAAACAUGACAAUAGAAACGUACAUGUAAACAAUAUUUUGGGUAGUAUUUUAUGGAAAUUUUGAAAGAUAGAAAACAUUUACAAGGCAAAGCAAACAAAUGUUUUAAGAUGCAUCUACGAUAUUUUCGAUGAAAAUUUGAUUUUUGUUUUUAUAACGGACCGUCUAAUGGACUUGACACGUUUUUUAUGUUGUAAACCGUCGCUUCGGAACUGCUUGGAUUAGUUUUUCUUUGGUUUUAUUAUUGUUUAUUUCUAAUAUGUAUCAAGUUAAUACAAAAGCAUAUCAAAUGUGAGACUAACUUCAAAUUAGAUUUCAUGUGCAACCUCAUACCAUUUAAGGUAGUGGAUCCGUAUGACAGUCAACAAUUUCCGUGUUAUUACAUAUAUCCCUAUUCGAUUUCGGCAUCCUUCGGCCAUGACUGAAAAAAUGCGUCCGGAGAAUGCUGAUAAAAUUGCGUCCGGAAAAUGCCGAAAAAUUGCGUCCGGAGAAUGCCGAAAUUGCGUACGAAGAAUAUGUAAUCGAACGGAAAAAUGCUGAUUUUCGUUAAGGUUCCGUCACCUUAAUGAGAAUAUGAGUUAUGAGAAUACGAGUUUAGUUAUUGUGGUCAUCAAUGAGACUCGAUUUACUAUAUAGAUAGUGUCUCCUGUUUAAUUCACAGAUGUCGUAGCAAGGUUUUUAGAAGAAAAAAUAACUCUUCUUUAUUAGGCCCGAAUCAAAUAAAUUUAAAUUAUGCAUUUUUGUAACAGUUUGAACCUGAUGAUCUUUAAAAAAACUAUUUUAGCAGAAUACCAAAUGGAAUUUUAACCCAGGAAAAUUACUUUUAAUUGAAAAAAAGAGGGUGGUGCUGACAUUUUUACUAAAACAUCUUGCUGCACCUCUAUCAAGUUUCAGCAAAUUCAUUUCGAUGAUAUACAUAUAUUAAACUUAGUAAAUACAUUACAAAAUACAUAACCCAAGUAUCUUAUAAGAAAUUAACGAAAAUCUGAAAUCUGUGUUGCAGACUUGGUGAAUGAAGCACUUAGCAGUUCCGCGAGCGACGAUACCGUGUGAUUUAUAUUGUGAUAUCUUUCUACCAGUUCUUUUUGUACUUUUUUACAAUUUCAUCAUCAACAUCAUUAUUUUUUAAACAAGAAUGAUUUGACCGUGCAGUUAGGAUGCAGAACCAUUGCCCACGAGUGUUGAAAGAGACACGUCCCAGAUUGACGUUGUUUUUUAUGUCAAAAUGUAUAUUCUGUACAACAUGCGGAAAAGCUGUCAGAAGUGUCAGUCACGCAUUAGCUUGUGUGUGCGUUUUUUUAACUGACAGAAAAAAUAUAUAUGAAAAAUACAUAAGGAACAAAAAACAUAGAACACAAAAAAUGGAUUGGAAACGUCAUAUCUAAAUUAUUUUUUAUUUUAAGCAAAACGCAAUGGCUGUCCCGACAAACAGCAACAAGGGACAGACAUUUCAUGUUUCAUGCCUCGCAUUGUCUUCUUUUCCUUUAAUCAUCUUAUAACGUGGAAAAUAUGCUUCAUAUAUGCGUGCUGUUUUGAAAGAAAUUUUGAUUAAAUUGGUUUCAGACAUUUCAAAUAUCUUAAAAUUCACUUGGACAUUUUAUGCCCAAAGAAGCAUCAAAAGUUAUAUGCUUAACGGCACAUUUUACAAAACUUAACUAUGAGGAAGAUUGUUAUAUAUGAAGCAUAUUUUGAUCAGUUCUUGUGUGAGUAUGUGUGUAAUUCGAAUUAUUUCGCCCAUGCAACUGUUUUCAAAAGUUGUUUUUUUUUUUCCCAUAUCGACAUGGAAGUACCGAUGUAUGUUGUUUUACAGGUUUAUGUUUCAUACUACAUCAAUGAAUUUGAGUUAAGUAGCAUAUGUUUUCAUUUCUCGAGGAAUACAACUGUGGUAAAUAUCAAAUAAUAAUGUAUAAUUUCAGUAUUGUUUCGUUAUGGUACGGGCGUCAUUCAGUAUGCAGUGCAACAUCUUGUAUGAAUGCUAUUAGACACAAACAAAAAUAAGCAUGUACUUAGCAACUGUUGUUACCAAAAUUAAUAACAAAAUUUGGAGCAUUUAUAGUUUUUUGCUAAAUAUGAGAAUAUCACGGUCAUGGAUUGGUCGUCAAAAAGUCUUUUGUGAAAUUUUGUUGAAUGCGUCCAUAAUUGCCUCUUGCCAUUGGUUUAGAUUUUUUUUUUCAGUAUACUUAGCAUGUUGCAUCAUGCGUAGAUUGCAGUUUGUAAAAUUCAAGCAACUAGUGACAGUUGGCUUUUAUUUUUGUAUAAUAUAUUAAAGCAGAAUGCCACCAGAUCGUUCGACAACCAAAAAAGUUUUUUUACAGAUAUCUUGAAAUAAAUGCUAUAUUUCCUAAGAAGGCUUUAAAACUUAAUUACUGACAAACUUUUUGUUACGGAAACACAUGAGAAUUUGCUGUUUUUACUACUUUUUACGAUGAAAAUUGAAAAGCGUUUGUCACGCUUUUACUACAGGUAAACUGACUCGAUUAUAAUUAUCUACGUUUUGACGUUAUUAUUCACUACUUCAGCUAUAGCGCUAUUGGUUACGACGACGCGAAAAUGCUGUUCUGGGGUUCGAUUCCCGGCGCGGUCAUCUUUUUUUCUUGAUUGGAACUUCUAAAAUAUGUUAGAAACAAAAAUUCAUAUUCUAAUGUUCAUAAUAUGAUCAAACUUCAAUUUGAAAGAAAAAUUAUUUUUAGCCAAAUCUGGAGGCAUGCUGCUUUAAAGUGUAAUGUCAGUA